AUGUCCAAAGCAGUCCACCCCCUCGUCGAAACGCUCAUCAUCGGCGGCGGCCCCGCCGGCCUGGCGACUGCCCUCGGGCUCGCGCGCGCCCGCCGCCAGGUAAUCCUCUUCGACUCGGGCAAGUACCGCAACUGGCACGUCUCGCACAUGCACAACGUCAGCACGAAUGCGGACGGCAUUUUCGAGGCGACGGACGCAGCGGGCGAGACCUGGAGGGGCAAGACCCUUGUCCUCGCCACGGGUGUCACUGACAACAUGCCCGAUCUGCCGGGCUACAAGGAGUGCUGGGAGAGCUGCAAGAUCUACCAUUGCCUCUACUGCCACGGCUACGAAGAUAGCGACUGCGCAUCCGCCGGCAUUAUCGCCGCCUUUGGGCUGACCUCCGACGCCCACCUGGCGGCGCAGUUCGCGGGUAAGGUGGUCGUGUACACCAACGGCUCCGAGGAGUUGGCGCAGCAGGUGCAGGAGCUUGUGAAAAACAACCCGAAGAUCACGACCGACACGCGACCCAUCGAGGCGCUCAUCAAGGAGUCCGAUGCAGACGGCGAGCCCGGCAUCAAGCUCGGCGCGUCGGACAGUGCGCCUGCAGAGACCGUCUCCCACCGGUUCUUCGUCCAUGCGCCGGAUGCCUUGGCCAAUGUCAGCUUCGCCAAGUCUCUGGGUCUGGAGCUCUCGCCCAACGGCGCGGAGAUUAAGACGACGGCGCCGUUCAAUGCCACCAAUGUGCCUGGGUGCUAUGCUGUCGGCGAUGUCGGAUCGCCGCUGAAGGCUGUUAGCCAGGCGAUGGCGUUGGGAAGUGUUGCGGCUGCGGGAGUUACGACGAAUUUGUUUUGA